UACAUUUCAACAAGCUGUUAACAGUUAACAGUUGAUCUGCAGCUGAUCGACGAAAGGGCAAAAGAUUAGUUAAACAACGAUCAAUAAACCAAACACUAAAAAUGACAGCGCAGCUAACAACGAUAACUGAAACAGCUGAUCUAAAGGCGCUCCGAGAACUUUACGAACAAGAAUGGCCCAAACACUGUGUUGGCCACUUCUGGUUGGACAACUAUGUGCACUGGCUGGCCAAAGAACCGCAGCUGAAGCAUCUCAAAUUCUACACACUAAACGGAGACUGGCGUCGGGAUGGACUCUUUAUCUUGGUGCAUCGCUAUCAACUGUUCUUCAGCAAUUUGAGCAGGCAAAGGACGCCUGAAUUGCGGUCAGCAUUGGGAUUGCUGAACUGGACAGUUGGCUAUAAGGUCAGCGCCUUACACCAGACACAUCACAGCAUCUACAAGGAGUUUCAAGUGGAACGUGGCCUAUGUUUAGAACGUGAAAUGAAGACCAUUAUGUAUCGCCUGCCCUGCGAGAAGGCCAAUGAACUGCAGAUUAACUGUCCAUUUGGGUAUUACUUGGACAGCGUGCGAUUGGAGCACGCCGAUCUGAUCAACGAUCGCUGGUCAGCGCGUCAUCCUGGCUCCUUGAAGCUGAUCCAGCUGCUGAUUGAAAAUAACACUAGUGUGGGACUCUACGAACAGAAAACGGAUCAGCUAUGCGCCUGGUGCUUAAGACUACAAAGCGGUUUCCUGGGCGCUCUGGAGGUGCUUCCCACACAUCAACGUCGCGGAUUUGGAAUGCUAAUAGUCGCUGCCAUAUCAAAAGACAUAGCAUGCGACUUGAACCAGGAUGUCACAGCUUUAGUUAAUAUACAAAAUCCAACUGCUUGUAGGGUAUUCGAUAAACUGGACUUUGAGUUGCUAAGCGACGAGCAUUAUUUCUGGAGCAUGUGUUUGCCAAGAGCAGAUGGCUCCAUAAAAUGGCCGGCAAAUGAGUAAAUGAGCAGACGAG